UUUCAAAAAGUUCAGCGUUCCUUUAAAAAUAUUGCUUGCAAUUUUUAUUUGUUUAUGAUUUUUAAUUGAAGCGUUAAGGCAGUUGCACGCUUGUUAGUCAAAAUGGUAUUUUAUUUUGAAUCCAAUGUUGUAUCUCCACCAUGCCAUCUUUACAUGGGUAAAGAUAAACAUGAAAACGAGGAAUUGAUACGCUGGGGUUGGCCAGAGGAUGUAUGGUUUCAUGUAAGUGAUCUUUCAUCGGCUCACGUGUAUUUAAGACUCCAAAAGGGGCAAACAUUUGCUGACAUCCCAACAGAGGUCCUUAAUGAUGCUGCACAACUUGUUAAAGCAAACAGCAUACAGGGUAAUAAAAUGAAAAACAUCGAAGUUGUAUAUACUCCAUGGGAAAAUUUGAAGAAAACUCCUGCUAUGGAAGCUGGACAAGUUGCAUUUCACCGCGAUGAUCAGGUCAAAAAAAUUCUUGUUGAGAAACGAAAUAACGAAAUUGUAAACAGAUUAAAUAAAACCAAAAAAGAAGAUCAUCCUGACUUAAGAGAGCAACGAGAGAAGAGAGACAUGGAGGAAAAUAAAGAAAAAAAACGAGCCCUUCAAAUGCAACAAGCGAAGGAAAAGGAUGAGUUAAAACGUAAGGAGGAAGAGGCUAAAAUUCGAAAUUAUGUAGGAUUUUUUAAACCAGAUCAAAUGAAAUCUAAUUAUGAUGAUGGUAAUGAGUCGGAUGAUUUUAUGUAAACUCCUAAAAAAAUAUUAAAAUCAUGAGCACAAACAUACACUUUUUUAUAAAAAAACAUGUAAUGUAUACCAUUUAAAUAUUUUUUAAUAUAUUGUUAUUAAUAUACGAAUUGUUAACGUCGAA